AAAAAAGUAAAAGAUGGGUUCAAGAGAUUCUUAUUUUUAUUUAAAACUAAGUAAAUAAACAUUGACUUUAGUAAUAAAAAACAAACAAAAUGAUAUAUAAACGGAUUGAAAUGAUCAAAUUUCUAUCUUAAAUGAUGACAGAUCUAUAUGAAUAUUUCUAUCAUUAAAGAUUCAUCAAGUAUAUUAUGAAGUGUAAUAAUUAUCAUUUGUUAAGAUAUUGGUUGAAUUUAUUUCACAGUUGAUAAUAUUUCUUUAAACACUAUCUUCACACUUAUUCAUAUAUCAAAUAUAUAUACAUAUAUAUAUAUAUAUAUAAAGAGAGAGAACUUCUUUGAAUGAAUUUAUAUCGUUUUGCAAGUCAAAUUCUUAAUGAAAAAGAAUUCGAUCUUAGAUUAUUACGUCUAGGUCGUUUUCAACCUUGGGGAUUUCGAUUUAAUAAAAAUCAAGGACGUCUAUGGGUAUCUGAAGUAUAUCCUUGGUCUCCAGCUUUUGGUUGGCUUGAGAUUGGAGACGAAAUUCUAGAAAUUGAAGGUCAUUUAGGUACCGAAUUAACAGAACAAGAAUCUUAUUCACUUACUGAAUUGAAAAGUAAUUAUCUACGUCUUGGAAUUCGACGCUUACCAAUGUUUAGUAAUCAGUAUAUGGGAACAAGGCCAACUUCUAGAAAUCUUUCAAGAGCUGCCAGUACAACAGUAUAUGGUCAAUCUGGACCAUAUUCUAGACUUAAUGCACAACAACCUCAACAGAAACCAGUAAAUGCCAAAGAUAAUAAUGAUGUUGAACCAGAAGAAGUUGAUUACAGUUUUAUGAAUCUACCAGUUCGUGAAAGACGAAAACUUUUUCUUGGUGGAGGUCAACCGCCUAGUAUUCAAAGAGGUUAUCUACAUUCAUUAACAAUGCCAAGAAAAAGAAACGAUGUAAACAAUUUUCAUAAUCGAUAUGAAACUCAAUCGGAAUAUGGUGGAACAGAUCAUAACUUUGGAUGGGAUGCUUCAGUAACACCAGCAUGGGUUAGAGAAAAUCGUACAACCAAUACUAGUGAACCAGUAAAAUCAAGAUCAACUAAAACAUUCAGUUUGUCUACAAUGCCAUCAGAAAAAUCAUUUCAACAGGAAUUCACUCAAUACGUUGCUGGACCACCUUCACCUCGUUACAAUCAGAACCCACCCGCUACUACAAACUAUUUCAAUACUGUGCAACCAAAAUCUAAUUAUAAACAAAACUAUCCUCAAUAUUCUGCAACUAUACAUGUUCAAGAUUCACAUCCAACUGGGAACAUAACAUCUGGACGAGUGUACAAUGGAAGCUCAACACGUAUCCACCCUGCUAAACAAUAUAAUUCAAGUUCAUCACCUGUUAGACCAAUUACACCUUCAUCAGUCUAUCCAUCAUAUAAUUCGUACAAUUCACUAUCGCGUGGUUCCGGCAGAGUUGUACAACCUCUACGUGUAAAUGUAUACAACAGCGAUAAUGCAUCUACGGUAUACAGUCCACAUAGAAAAGUAGAAUGUUCUCCCAACUGGAAUCCUAGUUCACCUAUUUAUCCAGCAUAUCCAGCCUAUAUGGAUAAAUCAAAUCAUGUUGAUAUUCAGCCUUUACGUUAUAGACGAGAGCAAUCUGUUCGACCAGUAACAAUCUAUUCAACAAAUAAUCCAUCAACUAAUACAACAAUUGAAACGAAACAAGUAUGGAAAGCUAUACCAGCUCAGAAUUGGUUAGAUACACAAAGAACAGUACGUAGUGGUACAUUUAUAACUACAACUAAGAAAAUUCCUAGUGGACGACGUCCAGAUAUUAACAAUGAUCCAUCAGGUGUGUCAGAGUUUUAAAAAUCAACAUCUGUUUCGACUUAACAACAAUAACAUUACAUAACUACUUAUAUAUUGUCAAAUAUGAAAUAAAAAAGCAUUUUUACAUUUCUAGUAAUCAAUAUGACAUCGGAGAAUAUUAUAGAAUUAGAAGAGUUCAAUUGAACAGGAAUUGUUCUUCAAUAUAGUAAUUUAUUUCCCAAGAUUACAUCUAGUCAUUUAUUUUACCCUCGUUUUAACGCUAUUUAAAUCAUUAACUAAGAUAACAUAUUUGUUUGCUUCUUUUUGCUUUGAUUUUAACAACAAAUAUAUAAGAUGAUUCUUUUGUUUUGUUUAGUUUUUUCGUUAUGGUUUUCGUCUACAAACACUAAUGAGAUAAAAAAAAGAAAAGUUAAUAAUGAAUUUAUAUAGAAUUAUUAUUAUUAUUAUUAUUAUUAUUAUUAUUAU